AUGGCAGCGACAGCGGGGGAGGUCCUGGCGACAAGGGCUGCGGUGCUGGAGCGUACGGUGGUGUUACUGGAGCGCGCCAAACAUGGGGCACUCGCCCGAGCCACAAAGGCGAAGGCGGAGCAUCUAGCUACCGUAGCACGGGGCGUGGAAGGGAAGUUGAGUGUGACGAAACUGGAUAUUUGUGCCACGAUACACACGCCCGAAACUAUUGCUGCUCUGAGCCGAUACCGCCAGCACCUCCAAGACACCCGAGAGCGGCUGGAGGAGAGAAAGACGUCAGCCCUGGAGGAACUAAAAGCAUAUGAGGUGGACGACUCGCGAGCGAACGAUAGAGCUGGCAGUAGAAGCCGGUCAGCAACAGGGCCUAUGAGGGAUAUUACCCGACAAUACGGGGAUUUAAUCCGAGAAAUUGAAGAUGUGAGGUCGGAGAUUGAAAGAUUAUGA